AUGUCUGACAUCGAGAAGAUGAUUGGCGGCGAUUACGCUCAGCUCACAAACACCAACAUCCGCAGCUUCGGCUGGAAGGGCGUCACCGUCACCGUCAAGGACCGGCAGUCGCAGCAGCCCAAGACCAUCCUCUCAGAUAUCAAUGGCAUCGUCAAGGCCGGCGAGCUGCUCGCUCUCAUGGGCCCAUCCGGUUCCGGAAAGUCGACUCUCCUCAACGUGCUCGCCCACCGAACAUCCGCCCUGGCCGCCAGCGUCAAGGCCGCAGUCUACAUCAACGGCUCGCCUGCUAACCCUAAGACCUUCCGCCGCAUCUCCGCCUACGUCGAGCAAGAAGAUGCGCUGGUCGGCUCCCUCACCGUCCGCGAGACACUCAACUUCGCUGCACGCCUCUCCCUUCCUUCUAGCGUGAGCAAGUUGGAGCGCAUCCAGCGUAUCGAAUCCCUCCUCACUGCUUUUGGUCUCGCCGGCCAAGCCAACAACUUGAUCGGAACUCCUAUCAGGAAGGGCAUCUCAGGUGGUCAGAAGCGACGUGUCAGUGUGGCGGCCCAGCUCAUCACCAGCCCGAAACUCCUCUUCCUGGACGAGCCCACUUCUGGUCUGGACUCUGCUGCAUCGUUCGAGGUCAUUUCGUUCGUCAAGGACAUUGCUAAGAAGCACAACUUGAUCGUGAUCGCAUCGAUCCAUCAGCCGUCCACCUCCACCUUCGCCAUGUUCGACAAGCUCCUCCUUCUGUCACAGGGUGGCACUGCGUAUAGUGGUCCAGUGUCCGAAGUCCAGCCAUACUUCGACGCCUGCGGCUUUCCCAUCCCUCUCUACAUGAACCCGGCCGAAUUCAUCAUCGACUUCGUCAACACGGAUUUUGCCCGUGAUCGCAGCGAGGUCGACCAGCAGCUGCACAUGGUUCACUCGUCCUGGCACAAGUCGCGGCUUGCUACUGCCACCGUUACUGAGCUUACGGACGAGAUGGCCCGCAACUCGAUGGACAACGACGUGAACGCAGAAGUCAAGGACGAGAGCGCGAGCAGAUUCGCCAUCCCGCUCGCCCUCAUCCACCGCUCCUUCAUCAAGUCCUACCGCGACAUCAUCGCCUACGGCAUCCGCAUCGCCAUGUACAUGGGCCUGGCCGUCAUGAUGGGCACGGUCUGGCUGCGAUUGAACCCCAACCAGAACAACAUCCAGUCCUUCAUCAACGCCAUCUUCUUCGGCGGCGCGUUCAUGUCUUUCAUGGCCGUCGCUUACAUUCCUGCGUUCCUAGAGGAUCGCGCGCUCUUUAUCAAAGAGCGCGCGAACGGUCUCUACGGGCCCACGUCCUUCCUGGUCGCCAACUUCAUUACCGGCAUCCCGUACCUCUUCCUCAUCGCCCUGCUCUUCUCCGUGGUCGCCUACUGGCUCUCCAACUUCCGCCCGUCCGCCGAGGCCUUCUUCACCUGGGUCAUGUGGCUGUUCUUGGACUUGAUCGCCGCCGAGUCGCUCGUCGUGCUCAUCAGCUCCCUCAUCCCCAUCUUCGUCGUCGCCCUCGCCGGCACCGCCUUCGCCAACGGCCUCUGGAUGUGCACGGGCGGCUUCCUCGUCCCGCCGCACACGCUCAACCCGUUCUGGCGCUACGUCUUCCACUACAUCGACUACCAAUCCUACGUCUUCCAGGGCAUGAUGGUCAACGAGUUUGGCGCCCGCAACUUCACCUGCGCGCCUCCCGCGACUCCCGACGGCAAGUGCACCUGCUCAUACGACAGCAGGCUCGCGGAUGAGUGUCUGAUCGAAGGCACGGCCGUGCUGCAGAACUACGGAUACAGUGUCGGGCAGACGGGGACCUGGAUCGGCAUCAUGAUUGGCAUCAUCGCUGGUUACAGGAUCCUAGGCUGGUUGACGCUCUACUUCCGCAAGCAAUAG